CAGGUUCGGACUCAGGGCGACCAGGUGGCGCCAGCGGCUUCAGACUGCGGGGCUUCGCCCAGGCGCACUCACAGCUGAACUCGCACGGCGCCUGCGGCGCUUGGUCCUGGGGCUUCGCCCAGGGGUUCCAGACGCGCAGCAACAGCGGCUGGAUGUACCGGUGGAACAGGAACAGCAGGAGCGGCAGCACAAAGCAGGGCACACAGGCGACCAUUGUUCUGGCGGUGACAAAUGACAAACGACAGAUGUGACUGCAGGAUUGCGGUUGACAGAUAAAGGGGGCGAAAUGGCUCAACAAACAGUGCGAAGCGCCGUCAAGCAGGUGAAGCCCAUCCUGUCCUUGGACAGGGAGGAGGCCCGCAGGCGGGUGGUGAGCCUGUACAAGGCCUGGUACCGGCAGCUGCCCUACAUCGUGAAGCAGUUCGAUAUCCCCAAAAGCGAGGCGCAGUGCCGGCACAAGCUGCGCGAGGAGUUCGGCAAGCACAAGCUUGUGAAUGACAUUCGGGUGGUGGACUUGCUGGUGAUCAAGGGUCAAAUGGAGCUGAAGGAGACGGUGAACGUGUGGAAGCAGAAGGGCCACCUCAUGGCCUACUUCAAGGACACCUGGGAGCCCAAGCCCCAGGACUUCCUGUCCAAGUUCCUGGCCGGCAAGGAGUAGUGAUCCAGUACAGUGUAUGUAGACAGUCAUUUAUUACGGACUAAGGUCAAAUAGGGUUAAAUCGGGUCAAAUAAAGCGCCCAGCUGAGUGAUA